CAAAGGAUGCUUCAAGGAGCAGAGGUAGGUACCCAGGUGGAAGAGGCAGUGGACCAACAGGGCUGUCCUAGAGAAUAACAUCAAUGUAAACUUCCACCUGCUAUCUGGCCAUAGGAAUAGGACUAUUAAGGCAAGGAAAGUAUGCCCAUUGUUAAGUAUCCCAGGACAGUUGACCCUCUUUGGUAUGAAUGGGAUAGGAAGGCCCAGAAAUGCGGAUUAAGGCACACCGUUUACGCUGUCAAUGGCGAUCGGUACACUGGCGAAUGGCUGGACAACCUAAAACAUGGCAAAGGCACUCAGACAUGGAAGAGGACAGGGGCCAUCUACAAUGGAGACUGGAAAUUUGGAAAGCGGGAUGGAUAUGGAACAUACAGCCUCCCUGAUCCCAUCACAAAAGACUACAAGAAAGUGUACUCGGGUUGGUGGAAGAAUGACAAAAUGUGGGGAUACGGAAUAAAAUUUUACUCAGAUAUGGAGUAUUACGAAGGGGAAUGGGCCGUUGGGAAGAGAAGCGGCUGGGGCCGAAUGUACUACAAGGACGGCUCCAUCUAUGAAGGCCAGUGGUCUGAGGACAAGCCAAGUGGGCAAGGCAUGUUCCGCUUGAAAAAUGAAAACCGCUAUGAAGGCUCGUGGAAGGACGGGAAGAGGCACGGUCCAGGGAAGUUCUUCUACUUGGACACGGGGCAACUUUAUGAAGGCUACUGGGUGGCAGACAUUCCCCGUUGCGGAACCAUGAUUGAUUUUGGCCGCGACGAAGCCCCUGCACCAACUCAGUAUCCCAUCCCAAAGGUUGAACUGGCGGACCCAGAGGGUGUGUUGGAAGAUGCUAUUGUGUUGCUAGAAAAUGCUGAAGAAGCAAAUUCUCAGCCUCCGAAAGAAAGAUGACAGCUGACAC